AUGACAUCUCAAUUGAACUGAAUCCUGGAUAGGAGCAGCUUUUAUCGAUGCUGCUAUUAUUUUUGCUUUUAUUUUUUUAAGCCAUUGAGAUGAUGUUGAGUUUUCUACUACUAUGUUUGGAACUUUGGAUAUAUCUGUUCUCCCAAUUUAACACAUGUAUUAUUCUUCAGACUACUCCGUUGGACAAUUUUAUGACGAUGCAAGGCAAGCUACAAGGUGUAUUCUUGAUAAUGGGCGUGUUCCCAUAGUUACUAGUGGCACUGGAUUGUACUUGCGAUGGUUAAUAUAUGGAAAACCAGAUGUUCCCAAAGCCUCAAAAGAGAUCGCAUCUGAAGUGUCUUUUGAGUUGGCAGAUUUAGAAAGAAAUGGACACUGGGAUGCAGCUGUGCAGUUGGUGAUCAAAGCAGGUGACCCUAAGGCUCAAUUUUUGGCUGCUAAUGAUUGGUACCGAUUAAGACGCAGCCUGGAGAUCAUCAAAGUUGAUCUGUAA